AUGCCUCCUCCUCCACCACCCCCUCCGCCGCCGCCUGGAGGGAUGGGAGGUCCCCCUCCCCCUCCUCCUCCUGGAAAUUUCCCUAACCGGCCUACAAAGGGGGAGGCUAAAGGCAGGGGCGCUCUUCUCUCAGACAUCAGCAAGGGUACCAAACUGAAGAAAGCCGUGACAAAUGACAGAUCAGCACCGCUCAUUGCAGGAGGGGGAACGAAAGCAUCGGUGCCUCCGAUUGCUGGCGCACCACCUGUUCCUGGCAUGCCGAAGCCUCCGAGCGGAUUGGCACCACCUGUACCUCCAGGCAACCGACUACGGAGUAGCAGCGAAAGUGGCUCUAUGGGGGAUGGCGGUGCACCAGCUGCUCCUCAGUUAGGAGGGCUCUUUGUAGGAGGAAUGCCAAAAUUGCGCAGUCGUGGAGGGGUCGAUACUGGAGCAAAUCGCGACUCACCUUAUAUGUCAGACUCGGAAGGCUCACGGGCCCCCAGACCCCCUGUCGCAUCCGCUCCUAGGCCUCCAGGUGCCCGUCCACCGCUGCCUCCUCAGUCGACAGAACCGCCUGCUGCUCCUCCGGUCAAUCCGUUAGUUGCAAACCUGCGCAAGCCCCCACCGAGACCGGCUUCAAGGCCCUCAUCCGCAAUCUCAACUACAUCCAUCAAAUCUGCACCUGAUGCUCCACCUCCACGAGCGCCUCCUCCGUUGCCAGGCUCAGCGAAGCUACCUCCACCCCCAUUGACCUCGAGGAAACCAUCCUCACCAGCUCCACCACCGCCUCCCCCACCAGUUUCCUCCACACCAGCUGCUCCUCCUCCUCCUCCUCCUCCUCCGCCACCUCCUGCAGCUUCAGCGCCUCGACCUCCCCCGGCACCUGCGCGAUCCACUCCGCCACCACCCCCAUCGGCUGCCCCCUCGCCAUAUACUAAUGGAGCAGCGGCCGCUUCCAUCGCAGUACAAGCGGCUCGGAAUGCCCUGGGACACAGCAACCAUGCGCCAUCUGCUCCGCCCCCGCCCCCACCAGCUGCAUCUGCCCCUUCGGCACCUCCUCCCCCACCUCCUCCCUCAGCACCUCCUACUGCGCCGGUCGCUCCCCCAAGUCAUCCCCCUCCUCCACCAACACAAGCUCCAGCGCCAUCGCCCAGUCAUCCAGUGGGUCGUUCAACCUUGGAUCCCAGUGCUUAUACUUUGACCAAUGGCGGAUCUUCGCCCGGUCAUUUGAGUGCAGGACCGCAUGGAAUACUCCCAGUCGAUGAUAUUAGGUUCAAGUUCCAAAGUGAUGGAUUGCUCCCUAAACCAAGGCCAUUCGUCGGGGGUGCCCGGCGGUAUCGUGCUGGGCGAGGUAGCAGUGUCCCAUUAGACCUCAGUGCGCUGAGUGGAUAG